AUGGAAAACGACUUGAAGGAAGAACUGAAUAGAAGAAUGAGAGCAGCAUGGGCAGCAAUCGCAGCCGUCAGGGAAGCUACGGACCAACUGACGGACCAAGAUCUUCGUGCCCAUCUUAUUGUUAUUAUUAUUGUUAUUAUUAUUGUUAUUAUUAUUGUUAUUAUUAUUGUUAUAAUCAUCGUUAUUAUUAUUGUUACUAUUAUUGUUAUUACUAUUGUUAUUAUCAUUGUUAUUAUUACUGUUAUUAUUACUGUUAUUAUUAUUGUUAUUAUUAUUGUUAUUAUUAUUGUUAUAAUCAUCGUUAUUAUUAUUGUUACUAUUAUUGUUAUUACUAUUGUUAUUAUCAUUGUUAUUAUUACUGUUAUUAUUACUGUUAUUAUUAUUGUUAUUAUUAUUGUUAUUAUUAUUGUUAUAAUCAUCGUUAUUAUUAUUGUUACUAUUAUUGUUAUUACUAUUGUUAUUAUCAUUGUUAUUAUUACUGUUAUUAUUACUGUUAUUAUUAUUGUUAUUAUUAUUGUUAUUAUUAUUAUUGUUAUUAUUAUUGUUAUUAUUGUUGUUAUUAUUACUGUUAUUAUUAUUGUUAUUAUUGUUGUUAUUAUUAUUGUUAUUGUUACUGUUAUUACUAUUGUUAUUAUUAUUGUUAUUAUUAUUGUUAUUAUUAUUGUUAUUAUUACUGUUAUUAUUAUUAUUAUUAUUACUGUUAUUACUAUUGUUAUUAUUAUUAUUAUUGUUAUUAUUACUGUUAUUAUUAUUGUUAUUAUUAUUGUUAUUAUUACUGUUAUUAUUACUGUUAUUAUUAUUGUUAUUAUUAUUGUUAUUAUCAUUGUUAUUACUGUUAUUAUUGCUGUUAUUAUUGUUGUUAUUAUUACUUUUGUUAUUAUUGUUAUUAUUGUUGUUAUUAUUAUUGUUAUUAUUAUUAUUGUUAUCACUAUUGUUGUUAUUAUUGUUAUUACUAUUGUUAUUAUCAUUGUUAUUAUUAUUGUUAUUAUUAUUGUUAUUAUUGUUGUUAUUAUUACUGUUAUUAUUAUUGUUAUUAUUGUUGUUAUUAUUAUUGUUAUUAUUACUGUUAUUAUUAUUGUUAUUAUUAUUGUUAUUAUUGUUGUUAUUAUUAUUGUUAUUAUUACUGUUAUUAUUAUUGUUGUUGUUGUUAUUAUUAUUAUUAUUAUUAUUAUUGUUAUUAUUAUUGUUAUUAUUAUUGUUAUUAUUAUUAUUAUUGUUAUUAUUACUGUUAUUAUUAUUAUUAUUAUUACUGUUAUUACUAUUAUUAUUAUUAUUAUUAUUGUUAUUAUUAUUGUUAUUAUCAUUGUUAUUACUGUUAUUAUUACUGUUAUUAUUAUUGUUAUUAUUAUUGUUAUUAUUGUUGUUAUUAUUACUGUUAUUAUCAUUGUUAUUAUUAUUGUUAUUAUUAUUGUUAUUAUUACUGUUAUUAUUGUUGUUAUUAUUACUGUUAUUAUUAUUGUUAUUAUUAUUGUUAUUAUUACUGUUAUUAUUAUUGUUAUUAUUACUGUUAUUAUUACUGUUAUUAUUAUUGUUAUUAUUAUUGUUAUUAUUACUGUUAUUAUUAUUGUUAUUAUUAUUAUUGUUAUUACUAUUGUUAUUAUUAUUGUUAUUACUAUUGUUAUUAUUAUUGUUAUUAUCAUUGUUAUUACUGUUAUUAUUACUGUUAUUAUUAUUGUUAUUAUUAUUGUUAUUAUUGUUGUUAUUAUUACUGUUAUUAUCAUUGUUAUUAUUAUUGUUAUUAUUACUGUUAUUAUUAUUGUUAUUAUUAUUAUUGUUAUUACUAUUGUUAUUAUUAUUGUUAUUACUAUUGUUAUUAUUAUUGUUAUUAUCAUUGUUAUUACUGUUAUUAUUAUUGUUAUUAUUGUUGUUAUUAUUAUUGUUAUUGUUACUGUUAUUACUAUUGUUAUUACUAUUGUUAUUAUUAUUGUUAUUAUUAUUAUUGUUAUUAUUGUUGUUAUUAUUAUUGUUAUUGUUACUGUUAUUACUAUUGUUAUUAUUAUUGUUAUCAUUGUUGUUAUUGUUAUUAUUGUUGUUAUUAUUACUGUUAUUAUUAUUGUUAUUAUUGUUGUUAUUAUUACUGUUAUUAUUAUUGUUAUUAUUAUUGUUAUUAUUACUGUUAUUAUUACUGUUAUUAUUAUUGUUAUUAUUAUUGUUAUUAUUACUGUUAUUAUUAUUAUUGUUAUUAUUAUUGUUAUUACUAUUGUUAUUAUCAUUGUUAUUAUUAUUGUUAUUAUUAUUGUUAUUAUUGUUGUUAUUAUUACUGUUAUUAUUAUUGUUAUUAUUAUUGUUAUUAUUAUUGUUAUUAUCAUUGUUAUUACUGUUAUUAUUAUUGUUAUUAUUGUUGUUAUUAUUACUGUUAUUAUUACUGUUAUUAUUAUUGUUAUUAUUGUUGUUAUUAUUAUUGUUAUUGUUACUGUUAUUACUAUUGUUAUUAUUAUUGUUAUUAUUAUUGUUAUUAUCAUUGUUAUUAUUGUUAUUACUAUUGUUGUUAUUAUUACUG